CCCGGACUCCACGUCCUCGUAUCGCUCCCGUCGCCGGGCGUUCGGUCGUCGAACGGAAGUCACGUGGAUGCGUCAGGAAUCGUUCUUCGGGCUCGAGGUCGCCCCCGGGGAGCCGGCGUAUUACCGCCCGGACGAGUACUGCCCGCGUGUCGACCUCACGCGCGCGACUCUCGUCCUCACUGGCGAUGCUGCCGCGCUUGACGGCGCGCGCAUUCUCGUGAAGGCGCGCAUUGCGCGAGGCCCGCCAUUCGUCGUCGCGUCGCUCCUCCCCGGGCGCUUGGAGACGCUUGCGCUGGACAUAUCGUUCGCGGCCGACGUGCGCGUCAGCGCGCGCGUCGUCGUCGCCCGCGACGAGCGCGCCGCAGCGGUAACUGAAAACACACGGUGCGUCGUGCACCUCACCGGGCACGUGGAUAGUAGCUUCGUGCUGAUAUCACCCAAAGAAGUGCGCGACGAGGACGAAAAAAGUGCAACCGAAAGCUUCGAGGAAGACGACCAAGGAGAGGACGCGAGUAGCAGCGAGAGUUGGGGCAGCGACGUCGACGAAGUUCUUGGGGACGAUGGCAAUGUUAGUGAGGGGGACGAGGCCAUCGCGCGCACGUGUCUAAUCGGAGACGACGACGCGUCCGUUGCUGCGCGACUUCGAGCGAAAAACAAAGGGAUCAUGACCGGCGACUGGCACGUUCCUUCAGUGGAAGAUGUCUCUUCAUUGUUUCGAGACGGCAGCUCGAGCGCGAAUGGUAGCGGCGAAGUGCGGUCUGGCUGGGCGUACCACCUCCAAACCCCGGGGGCGCGUGUUCACAAAAGCGUGGACAAGAUGCCGGAGUUUGCAUACACUGGAGAACUUCAGCCGGGAUUGAUAUCUCCGCGACGACGCGUGCCAUCGCGCGGGUGGUCUUUCCCGCCUCCCGACUAUGCGACGACGGGUUGGCCAACCGCUGAGUUUGAGUCGAAAUUGCAGAGGGUCAUCGAGAUAAAAACUCCGGAGGCAAUCGUGAAGAUGCGAGCCUCGUGCUCGCUCGCGCGCGCGGUCAUGGAUGCCGUUGCCGCGCUCGUUAAACCAGGGGUCUCAACAGAUUUUCUCGACCACGUCGUGCACGUUAUGACGAUAAGUAACGGAGCGUACCCGAGUCCACGGAACUACAUGGGAUUUCCAAAAAGCGUGUGUACGUCAGUGAAUGAGGUGGUGUGUCAUGGAAUUCCCGACUCCCGGCUGUUGCGUGAUGGCGACUUGAUCAACAUCGACAUAACCGUGUGUUUGGACGGUUACCAUGGGGAUUUGAAUGAGACGUAUUUCGUCGGCGUCGGCGAUGCGGACAUCGAGAACGCGCGACGAGGUAAGAAACUGAUGCAAUGUGCGUUGACUUGCUUACAAGAUGCGAUCGCGUUUUGCAGACCUUCCGCUCGGUUUCGUGACAUUGGUGGCGUGAUCGCGCAAACUGCUUGCGCGUUCGAUCCUUCGUACGGUGUCGUGAAGGAUUUUUGUGGGCACGGGAUCGGUACCUUGUUCCACUGCGCACCGAACGUGCCCCAUUACGCGAGAAACAAGGCAGUCGGAUCGAUGCGACGCGGGAUGACGUUCACGAUCGAACCAAUGAUCAACGAACGCACACAUCGGACGACGCACUGGCCGGAUGGGUGGACCGCGGUGACGACGGAUGGCGGGAGGAGCGCGCAGUACGAGCACACGUUGCUGAUCACGGAACAUGGCGCCGAGGUGCUCACCGCGCGGACAGAGCGCUCUGUGCCGUUUUUCUCGAAGGGCGACGACUACAAGCCCUAA